AUGUCUGUAGAUACAGUGAUCCAACGGACACGGCUUCCCCUCGUCCAGCCGCACCCACGGCUUCCCCUUCCCGCUCCAGUGCAGCAGGCUCACUGGACCAGGGUGCAGCGCCCUACAGGAUCCCGCCACGUUGUCACCCCCCAGCCCGUGCUGGUUCCAUCUGUGCCCGAUGGGCUCCACGUCACCACCGAACACCAGCAGGAAGGGGGGCAGCGACCCCAGCUCGUACAUCCGGUUCCUCCUCUGCAGUUCCAUCCAAUUCUCUAUCUUCUCCCGAAAAUGCCCCUCCCUCCACCGACCCAAAUCCAUCACCAUCACACCCGUGUUGAAGUAGCAGGGGCUCCGGGUACGAGACCCGAACGCCUUCCGGGUCAGGAUAGGGUCGGACCAGAAUCUAUCCGUGAAAAUGACGUCCGAGUCCAGGUAGAUGACCCGGGUCACGCACGGGUCGAGCAGCGGGUUCUCCAAAGCGGGUCGGAUCGAGGAGGAGAUCCGAUUGAGGACCGUUUCCUCGCGGAAUAUGUACACCUUGAAGUUGAGAGAUGGGAAAACGGAGCGGAUGACCCGGGUCAGGACCCGGGGGGUUGA